CGUCUGGUAUCCGAUAUGGCGGCGUAAAGGCGGCUCAUGUCCGACGUUGGAAGGGAACAUGCUGGGCGGCAGUGACGUGUACGGGACGAAAAUCGCUGGGAAAGGGAGCAGUUUAGGCUAUUGAGUACGUUGUCUUUUCCGUUAAUUUUCGAGGAUUUUGAAAUAUUGGCGGCAACGACGGCGUUUUCGAAGACCGCGAAUCGAAUUCCUGACGUGAAUUAGAUGCAAUCAAGGUUGUGCAACGUUGUAACUCUUCUUGGUUUCUUCUAUUCUCGUUUCAGAUCUGUCCAGUUUAUUGCCUUGUUCCUUAUAUCCAGCCACCACACAGACUUCUCUUCAUGGCGAACCGCAAGCGCGAACACCCACCUCGUCUCCAGCAUUCCCCGUCCUUGCCAAAUAUCUGGUUCCCGCCACAUUCAGGCCCUCUCCCUCCAAAGCUCAAUGCCAUUCCCCGCCACAAUCUCCAUCUACCUGCCACCCCGCCCGCCCUCGCCACCUCCUUCUCCCUUCCCAGGUCCCCGAUCCUCACGGACACACCAAACACCAAGCACGCGCGCCCCCAUGUCCACAGCAAGCUCCUCACCCCGCCCCUCACCCCGUCGUCCAGCAUCCGUACCGCCGACUCCCUCGACGACGCGACAACCCCCAGGCAACGCGCCAAUCCCGACGCGACUCGCUUCCUUCUGAUUAGCAACAUUUCGCGCACAGUAAAGACAGAGACGCUCAGCGAGCUUUUUUCUUCCUAUCUCUCUGCAGAAACACUCGGCAGGCUGCCAGGUGAGAGCCGUUCUCCAGCCAACGACCGCCAGUCCGAGCGACAGUCUUCAACCUUUAAAAAUGUGCCCAUCACCGACUCUCCGAUAAAAGGCGUCUUUGUUCGUUAUGUGCAGUCCAAAGGCAUCGUCAUCCUGGCUUUUUUCGAUGUCAGACACGCUGAAGCAGCACAUACUCUCCUUGCUACUCGUACCACAGAUCUCCUUGACGUCUGUGCCGACGACAGCUGGUUCCGUUGCCGCUAUCUCACCCCAAACCAGACAGUACAGUUGACUGGAGACUCCAAUUUCCUCAAGGCUGUCAGUGCCGCUCUUUACAUCUCCGUCCAAGGCGUAGACGAGCAGGAUGAUACUUCCCGGAAACGACUUGUCGACGUUGACACCCUCUUGCAGCUGCUUGAAUCGUUCGGUACCAUCCGGUCUGUCGAUCUCGUCGACUCGCUCAAUGACGACUUGUGCUUCAAAUACUACCACAUCGAGUACUGCGAUUUUCGUGACGCUGACGCUGCCUAUACCGCAUUGGACAGUCAGAUUCUCUUUGGCAUGAAGCUUCAAGUAUUUGGCCGCGAAGAGCCUCGAUCAGAAGGGACUGAUGGCGCUUCACCGUUGUCAAGUGGGCAAGACUCGACAGGUACCUUGCUGCACUUUGGACGGCGAUCCCAGACCCGUGAGCGGUUCGUCUUUCCGCCACCCAUUAAUACACAAGCCAAGCCUGACGAUGAGGAUGACGACCGCACUCUUGUCUGGUCAUCGAGCUCGCCUACCUUUUUCUACACCUCGCCGCCGUCCGAUGAUUUAUCCGAGCAUUCGGCAACCAAAGACACCGGCCCGUCACUCCCUGACAGCGAGCCAGGCCCGUUCUACGCCGCUCACCACCCCGACUUUAUUUACGAUGGCCCGCCGAUGCCUUAUCCCGCCCCGUAUCCCUACCCGCCUACGUCUCCCGGACCCAUGUACCCCACUUCCCCAGUCCUGGGAUUCAGCCCGGUCUACGAUGACCCUCACCGUCUUGCGGCAGCCAUGAACGGCCUCUCCUGGGGUGGACCACCUCCUCCUCCCGCCUUCCCUCCCGAGUUUUGGCGCCCUGGUCCUGCUUUCUUCCACAACCAAGUUCCAGAAUAUCCCACCGAUGUGACCCCGGAGCCGCCUUCUUCCCCAUCAAGGAACCGAUCGCUGCACAAAGCGAAUCCCACUGUAAAGGACGAGCAGCAAGGUGCCCGCAACCAGCUCGACCUAGCCCUCAUCGAGAAUGGUGGCGACACACGCACAACCGUCAUGAUCAAAAAUAUUCCCAACAAAAUGUCAGAUAGAGAUCUUAUGUCCUUUAUUGACAAGGUGUGUCAGAGGAGGAUUGACUUUAUGUAUCUCAGGAUGGAUUUUAAAAAUGGGUGUAAUGUCGGAUACGCCUUUGUCAACUUUAUUCAAGUCGAGGAUCUAUUAUUAUUCGCCAAGAAGCGACUGGGACAAAAAUGGAACAUGUUCUCCAGCGAAAAGGUGCUCCAGAUGAGCUAUGCCAAUUAUCAAGGAAAAGAAGCGCUCGUCGAAAAAUUCAAAAACUCGUGCAUCAUGGACGAGCAAGAGGCGUGGCAGCCCAAGAUAUUCUACUCUGCGGGCCCGGACCAGGGCUUGCCAGAGCCGUUCCCCGCCCCGACACAUAUGAAGCGCAAGGAAAGGAGUCUGCACAAUCGGGGGACGCUCUUUGCUCCUGCGGUGGAUGGGAGGGGUGUCAGGCAGGAUCAUCGUCCAAAGGGACCGCUAGCAAAAAGAGUCGGCGUCCAUCGGUGAUCCAACAAAUAUUUAUAUGCUCGUGUGUUAAAUGUUUAAUAGUUGCUUUCAUUUACUAUGUUACAAGUGUAAUUCAGUUUUUUUUGUCUGUAUGGCUUGGCG